GACGCCCGCGCCCACGGCCGGCCCACAAUGAGGGGAGCCGGCAGCGCGGAGUAGGCGGCGGCCGGCCGGGCCGGGCCACGCGGCGGCGCUGCUCGGGCAGGUUGGGGCAGGGCCGCGGGGCGCCCGAGCGAGGACACCGCGGCCCCGCCUCCGCCCCUCCCCGCGCCCUGCCGGUCGGCGCCCGAGCGCGGAGCCGCAGCCGCAGCCGGAAACCGGGCCCGCGCGGCGGCCGCCGUCCCGGCCAAGCCGGGGCCCCGAAGCCGGAGCCGGUGCCGGGCGGGCCGCGGGGUCAUGGCUGGGCCGCGGGGCGCGCUGCUGGCCUGGUGCCGCCGUCAGUGCGAGGGCUACCGCGGCGUGGAGAUCCGCGACCUGAGCAGCUCCUUCCGGGACGGCCUGGCCUUCUGCGCCAUCCUGCACCGGCACCGGCCCGACUUGCUAGAUUUUGAUUCCCUUUCCAAAGACAACGUCUUCGAGAAUAACCGUUUGGCCUUUGAAGUGGCUGAGAAGGAGCUGGGGAUCCCUGCUCUCCUGGACCCCAAUGACAUGGUCUCCAUGAGCGUCCCUGACUGCCUCAGCAUCAUGACUUAUGUGUCCCAGUAUUACAACCACUUCUCCAGUCCUGGCCAAGCUGGUGUCUCACCACCCAGAAAGGGCCUGGCACCCUGUUCCCCGCCAUCUGCAGGACCCACUCCAGUGGAACCAGAAGAUGGGGCUCAGGGCGAGGAGCUCUCCUCAGGCAGCCUGUCAGAGCAGGGCACCGGCCAGACCCCCAGCAGCACGUGCGCAGCCUGCCAGCAGCAUGUACACUUGGUGCAGCGCUACCUGGCUGACGGCAGGCUGUACCACCGCCACUGCUUCCGGUGUCGGCGGUGUUCCAGUACUCUGCUCCCUGGGGCUUAUGAGAAUGGGCCCGAGGAGGGCACCUUUGUGUGUGCAGAACACUGUGCCAGGCUGGGCCCCGGGACACGGUCGGGGACCAGGCCUGGGCCCUUCUCACAGCCAAAGCAGCAGCACCAGCAGCAACUCACAGAAGAUGCCAAGGAUGUUCCAGGAGGUGGCCCCAGCACCAGUGCUCCUGCAGGGCCUGAGGCCGAUGGACCCAAGGCCAGCCCUGAGGCCCGGCCCCAGAUCCCUACCAAGCCCCGGGUUCCUGGCAAACCACAGGAGCUGGCCAGCCCUCCUGUGGGCCGCCCCACCCCUGCCCCCAGGAAGGCCUCCGAGAGCACUGCCCCAGCACCCCCCAUGCCCCGGCCCCGCUCCAGUCUGCAGCAGGAGAACCUGGUGGAGCAGGCUGGCAGCAGCAGCCUGGUGAACGGAAGACUGCAUGAACCGCCUGUCCCCAAGCCGAGGGGGACACCGAAGCCGUCCGAGGGGACACCAGCCCCCAGGAAGGACCCCCCAUGGAUCACGCUGGUGCAGGCAGAACCAAAGAAGAAGCCAGCCCCACUUCCCCCAAGCAGCAGCCCGGGGCCACCAAGCCAGGGCGGCAGGCAGGUGGAGAAUGGAGGCACCGAGGAGGUGGCCCAGCCGAGCCCAGUGGCCAGCCUGGAGUCCAAACCCUAUAACCCCUUUGAGGAGGAGGAGGACAAGGAGGAAGAGGCUCCAGCUGCACCCAGCCUGACCACCAGCCCUGCCCUGGGCCACCCGGAGUCCACACCCAAGUCCCUGCACCCCUGGUAUGGCAUCACCCCUACCAGCAGCCCCAAGACAAAGAAGCGCCCUGCCCCGCGCGCACCCAGCGCGUCCCCACUGGAUAAUGUGUUUGGAAGCAUCAUAUCCGUCGGCCGCGAGGAGAUAAAUUGGUGCCCGGCAGUGCCUGUCCCAGAGCUGGUGGCUGCGAGGGCUGCGUGCUCCUCCCCCCUGCCUCUGCACUGCAGAUCAGGGGCAGAGGAGGGGCCGCCUCUCUUCCUCUGGCGUUCCCAAGCUCUCCACACCUCCCGCCUCUCGCACUCGGAGCCGCCCUCGGCCACACCAUCGCCAGCGCUCAGCGUGGAGAGCCUGUUGUCCGAGAGCUCCAGCCAGACUGCAGGUGCGGAGCUUCUGGAGCCACCAGCUGUGCCCAAGAGCUCCUCAGAGCCUGCUGUCCAUGCCCCUGGUACCCCUGGAAACCCUGUCAGCCUCUCUACCAACUCCUCCCUGGCCUCCUCUGGGGAACUAGUGGAGCCUAGAGUGGAACAAAUGCCUCAAGCCAGCCCUGGCCUUGCCCCCAGGACCAGGGGCAGCUCAGGUCCCCAGCCAGCCAAGCCCUGCAGUGGCGCCACUCCCACGCCUCUCUUGUUGGUUGGAGACAGGAGCCCGGUGCCUUCCCCUGGAAGCUCGUCCCCACAGCUGCAGGUAAAGUCCUCCUGCAAGGAGAAUCCUUUUAACCGGAAGCCAUCACCUGCAGCAUCGCCAGCCACAAAGAAGGCCACCAAGGGAUCCAAGCCAGCGAGGCCACCUGCCCCUGGACACGGCUUUCCACUCAUCAAACGCAAGGUCCAGGCUGACCAGUACAUCCCUGAGGAGGACAUCCACGGAGAGAUGGACACCAUUGAGCGCCGGCUGGAUGCCCUGGAGCACCGUGGGGUGCUGCUGGAGGAGAAGCUUCGUGGCGGCCUGAAUGAGGGCCGUGAGGAUGACAUGCUGGUGGACUGGUUCAAGCUCAUCCACGAGAAGCACCUACUGGUGCGGCGAGAGUCCGAGCUCAUCUAUGUCUUCAAGCAGCAGAACCUGGAGCAGCGCCAGGCUGAUGUCGAGUAUGAGCUCCGAUGCCUCCUCAAUAAGCCAGAAAAGGACUGGACGGAGGAGGACCGGACCCGGGAGAAGGUGCUGAUGCAGGAGCUUGUGACCCUCAUUGAGCAGCGCAACGCUAUCAUCAACUGCCUGGAUGAGGACCGGCAGAGGGAGGAAGAGGAAGACAAGAUGUUGGAAGCCAUGAUCAAGAAGAAAGAGUUCCAGAGGGAGGCUGAACCCGAGGGCAAGAAGAAGGGGAAGUUCAAGACCAUGAAGAUGUUGAAACUGCUAGGAAACAAACGUGAUGCCAAGAGCAAGUCCCCCAGAGACAAGAGCUAACAGCACGAGAAGCCAGUUGGGGACUGCCCCCCUCCUGGACCAGCUCCUGGGCUGUGCUCUGUUUGAAGGGGGCGCCCUGCUCCCCUCAGAUCAGUCAGGAGGAAGAUGACUAAGGGGAGGGAUCCUCUGGGUGAUGGCCUCUUCCUCCUCAGGGACCUCUGACUGCUCUGGGCCAAAGAGUCUCUUGUUUCUUCUCCGAGCCCCAGGCAGCGGUGAUUCAGCCCUCCCCAACCUGAUUCUGAUGACUGCGGAUGCUGUGACUGACCCAAGGGGCAAAUAGAGUCCCAGGGUCCAGGGAGGGGUGCCUGCUGAGCACAUCUGCCCCCUCACCCUGCCCAGCCCCUGCCAUGAGCUCUGGCCUGGGUCUUCGCCUCCAGGGUUCUGCUCUUCCAGGCAGGCCAGCAAGUGGGGCUGGGCCACACUGGCUUCUUCCUGCCCCAUUCUGGGCUCUGAGUCUCUGUCUUCCUGUCCUGUGCAGGUGCCCCUGGAUCUCUGUUUCCCUCACUCAGGAACUCUGUUUCUGAAGUCUUAAGUGUGAGUUUAUGACUGAGUGGCCUGUACUGUCAGACGUGAAUGGGCCUGACGGGCAAAUCCAUCCCUCUCUCCCUCACAGCUGCAGGAGUGGCUUCCCUCGUCUCCCCUCACUCCACGGGGAGCCUCCCUUGCCAGGACCAGGGCUGCGAUGGCCAUGCUUGGGCAGGUGGGUGCUCUGUUAGCUGCUCCUAGUGCUGCCCCUAGGCUGCAGUUCUGAUCCCUGGUUGUCAGGUAGGAAGGGUGCACUUGAAGCAGGUGCUCAUCUCGGUUCCUUAACGUUUGUAGUCUGACCCCUCAUUUAGGCUUUCCUCUGCCACCCCGGUCCAGGGAAGAGGCUCGCUCCUGCCCGUGGUCAUCACUGGUCUGUCUGCUCUGUUGUCUGUUCUCUCCCUGACUCCCUCCCACUGAAGGCCUGAUGGCCACUCGCCCUUCUGGGAUGGCUAUGGGAGAGGAGGAGUGAUGGGGACCACCACCUUUUCAGCAGGAAAUGUGCCCAGCAGCUCUUGGUCAAAGCACUGUUGCUAUAAGCUAUCUCUGGGAUGCCUCUAGGCCCCCUUCCCUCUACACACCUCUGGGAAAAGAUCACACUGUAUUAACUCUCGAGGAGUUUCCUCACCAAUAAACGGACAACCUCAA